CUGGAUAUGCGAUCGGGACCGUCGCCGAACGCACCGCCACGAUGCGCUGGGGCGUCGAGCUGGCCAAAACCUACUUUGCCACGACGACACCCAUCUUCAACGUGAUUACCAGGCGCGCGUAUGGCGUUGCCGGCGGCAUCAUGCUCGGUGCCCGGGACCCCGUCGUUCAGGUGGCGUGGCCGUCCGGGCAGUGGGGGUCUCUGCCGCUGGACGGGGGGAUCGAGGUGGGCCAUCGCCAGGAGCUGCGUGAGGCGGAGCAACGGGGUGGGAAGGAGGGCAAGGCUGCACGGUAUAAGGAGUUGGAGGAGGAAUAUCUGCGGCUGAUGAACCCGGUGCGGACGGCCAAUGCGUUUGGGGUGCAGGAGAUUGUCGAUCCCAAGGAUACAAGGAAGAUCUGCUGUGGAUGGGUCAGACAUGUGUAUGAGGUGUUGAUGGCAGAGCGGUUGGCUUUGAGGAAUUGUGGGAAGAUCCAGCCUGUUUUUGCAUAG